CAAAUUAAUAUGAAGAUCAUUUUAGAAAAAAUCUGUAAAUUAUAUAAAAAAAAAUGUAUAUUAGAUAAUUUACAUAUUACUUUUUCACAAUACGAAAUUUUAGGUUUAUUGGGGCCAAACGGAACAGGUAAAACUAGUAUUUUUAAAAUCAUAACCGGUAUAAGCAAGCCAGAUAAAGGCAAGGUAUUGCUCAAUGGAGAAGAUAUUACUAAUGUGCCCAUGCAUCAAAGAGCAAGAUUGGGGAUAUGCUAUCUCCCUCAAGAAUCUAGCAUAUUCAGAAGAUUAACAGUAAAGGAUAAUUUAAAAUUAGCUUUAGAAGAACUAGAUUAUUCUAAAACAAUAGAAAGUAAUAUUAUAAAAUCAUUUACAUCAUACUUUCAAAUAGAUAAAACAUUAAAUACUUUUGGUUCAUAUAUUUCUGGUGGAGAAAGAAGAAAAUUAGAAAUAGCAAGAGCUGUAAUUAUAAAACCCAAGUUUUUGCUCUUAGAUGAACCUUUCGCGGGUAUAGAUCCCAUAUCUAUUUCAGAGUUGCAAGAAAUAAUUGUAAAUUUAAAUAAAUCCGGUAUUGGAAUACUAAUUACAGAUCAUAAUGUUAGAGAAACACUUAAAAUAACACAUAGAUCGUAUAUUUUAUCAGGUAAUAAUAUUUUAGCAUCUGGUACAACUCGACAAUUAAUAGAAAACAAAGCAGUUAGAGAAUCUUAUUUAGGUAAUGAUUUUACCUUAUAAAAAAAAUUAUAUUUAUAAUAAGAACCAUUGAAAAUUUUAAAUAAAAAACUAUAUGUUUGC